GGUAGUUGAAGACGACCCGCAGGCCAGAGUUUGGAGGAAAAGCACAACUCGUUGCUCACCCAAAUCUCGUUGGCGCCACCCUCUGUGUUUUAGAAAUUUGGUUUCUCUCUCCUUCCCUUCCUUUACCUUGCUUUACCUUCUCUUCAAAUCUUCAAACUUAAUCAACCAAUAAUGCCAAUGGUCUCUUCAUUUUUCUAUCAUUUUUCCUCUCUCCCAUCUUUUCCACUUCCCUUUCUACACCCCCAAUACGCCAGCGCAAAUGGGUAUACUCAAAAUUUUCAGCUUUUUCACUCCUCGGAACCGCCGGGACUUCCUCCCCUCUUCAAACUCCAUUCGCCAAAAUCUUGUGAACAAUGGGACUACCGACCUACAAGAUGGAAUUCUCAUUUCUUUUUUUGGGUUCUUCCGGCGGCGUUUUAGGUCCGGAGAUAAAAUUGAUGGGGGCUCGCGGACGGAUGAAGAACAAAAAGUUCAUCGUUGGUUGUAUGCCUUGGCACAGUCUGAGAAAGAUUUGGUCUUUGAGUAUGUUCGAUCAACAGAAAGGGGGUUGAGUUUCACUGAAGCUGAUAAGAGAUUGAAGGAAUAUGGCCCAAAUGUUCCUCUUGAAUAUACCUUUUCAAAUUGGUGGCAACUUUUGUGGAAUGCCUUCUUUCAUCCUUUCAAUAUCAUUCUAAUUGUUUUGUCAGUACUCUCGUACAUUGCCAGUGACAAUCCAACUGGAUGCAUCAUGCUGAGUUUGGUCUUUAUCAGUGUCUCUUUCCGAUUCUACCAGGAAUAUAGCAGUUCAAAAGCAGCCAUGAAACUUUCAGAAUUUGUAAGGUGCCCUGUUAAAGUGCAGCGAUGUGCAGGAAGAUUUGUUCAGAAUGAAAUAAUAGUUCAAGUUGAUCAAAGAGAUGUUGUUUCAGGAGAUAUAGUGAUUUUUGAGCCUGGUGACCUUUUUCCUGGUGAUGUGAGAUUAUUAAGUUCCAAACAACUGGUUGUAAGUCAAUCCUCAUUAACAGGGGAAUCUUGGGCCACUGAGAAAACAGCUGAUGUGAGAGAAGAACAGAGCACUCCUUUGCUAGAUUUAAGAAACAUUUGUUUCAUGGGAACCAAUGUGGUAUCAGGAUCCGGAACAGGUCUAGUUGUCUCCACUGGAUCCCAAACCUAUAUGAGCACCAUCUUUUCAAAUAUUGGAAAGCAGAAACUACCAAAUGGCUUCGAGGAGGGAGUCCGAACGAUAUCUUAUGGGCUCAUUGGGGUCAUGCUAGUAGUGGUUACUAUCAUAAUAUUCGCAGAUUUCUUUGCAUCUCAUGAUCUGAGCAAGAGCAUAGUUUUUGGUAUCUCAGUUGCAUGUGCGCUUACUCCUCAGAUGCUUCCCCUAAUUAUCAACACAAGUCUUUCAAAAGGAGCACUUGCUAUGGCCAGGGACAGAUGUGUUGUCAAAAGCUUAUCUGCCAUGCGAGACAUGGGAUCCAUGGAUAUCCUAUGCAUUGACAAAACUGGAACUCUGACAAUGAACCAGGCAGUCAUGGUCAAUCAUCUUGAUAGCUGGGGCUCAACAAAAGAAAAGGUCCUACAUUUUGCCUUCCUGAACUCUUACUUCAAGACUGACCAGAAGUAUCCUCUAGAUGAUGCAAUUUUGGCAUAUGUAUAUACAAAUGGAUACAGGUUUCAACCAUCCAAAUGGAGAAAGAUGGAUGAAAUCCCUUUUGAUUUUAUAAGAAGAAGAGUAACAGUUCUAUUGGAAAAACGUUCUAAUUCCAAAAAUAGCCAAGUCAUUGAUAGAUACAUGGUAACAAAAGGAGCACUUGAAGAAGUAAUGAAAGUUUGUUCUUUUGUUGAGCAUGUUGAUCGGGAUUAUAUCACAACUUUCUCUAAUGAAGACCAUCAGAGGAUUUUAAAUGUGGUGGAACAAUUAAGCAAUGAGGGUUUACGGGUUAUAGGAGUUGCUGCGAAAAGUCUACAAAUGAAAGAAAGUGGGCAGAGCAUGGACAAUGAAGAUAUUGUUGAAGCAGACAUGGUUUUCCUUGGUCUCAUAUCUUUCUUCGACCCACCUAAGGACUCAGCAAAGCAAGCUCUCUUGCAAUUGGCUGAGAGGGGAGUAAAAGCAAAAGUAUUAACUGGUGAUUCUCUCUCCCUUGCAAUAAAGAUUUGUAAGGAAGUUGGCAUCAGAACAACCCAUGUAACUACAGGACCAGACCUGGAGCUACUCAGCCAGCAUGCUCUCCAUGAGACUGUUAAAAGAGCAACAGUACUGGCUCGGCUUACCCCGUCUCAGAAACUCAGGGUAGUCCAAUCCUUGCAGACAGUUGAUAAUCACAUUGUUGGGUUCUUGGGAGAUGGCAUAAAUGACGCACUUGCACUAGAUGCUGCUAACGUAGGUAUAUCAGUUGAUUCGGGAGCAUCUGUUGCAAAAGACUUAGCUGACAUCAUUUUACUUGAGAAAGAUCUUAACGUUCUUGUUGCAGGAGUAGAACAAGGUCGUCUUACUUUAGGCAACACCAUGAAAUACAUUAAAAUGUCAGUCAUAGCCAAUGUUGGAAGUGUUCUUUCAAUAAUGAUAGCAACCAUCUUCCUCAGAUACGAGCCACUGACUCCAAAGCAACUUUUCGUACAGAACUUCUUGUAUAGUAUGGGUCAGAUUGCAAUCCCAUGGGAUAAAUUGGAGGAAGAUUAUGUCAAAGCCCCUCAAAGAUGGUCUGUCAAAGGUUUGCUCAUGUUUAUCUUAUGGAAUGGCUCAGUUUGCACCUUGUGUGAUAUAGCUACCCUUCUGUUCCUAGUGUUGUAUUAUAAAGCUUAUGAUGAAAACGAUAUGGCGUUAUUCCAUACAGCUUGGUUCGUUGAAGGGCUUCUCAUGCAGGCACUGAUUUACCACUUGAUUCGGACGGAGAAAAUUCCCUUCAUUCAGGAGGUUGCUUCAUGGCCUGUACUUUGUUCAACAGUCCUGAUUUCUGCUGUUGCAAUUGCCAUUCCAUACACGGUGAUCGGAGAUGUUAUGGGGUUCGUUAAGCUACCACUGUCAUAUUUCGGAUUUCUGGUUGUGCUUUUUAUAGCCUAUUUUACAGUAGGACAAAUAGUCAAGAGACUUUAUAUCUUAUUCUUCAAAAUUUGGCUAUAGAUUAGCUUUUGGGGACGUAGAAGCGGGCAGAGUCUCUUUCCCCUUGGUACAUACGAGAGAAGGUAUGGAAUGCCAUUUCUCUUACAGAAAUUAUGUUUUGCACCAAUAUGUACUCACUGCCCCAACAAUGUCAUUGCACUCUGCGAAUUUGCAG